AUGUCUCUGGACGAGGAAGCUCUCCAAACAGCCGCCAAUGGCGGCCCGAUAGAUUUAGAGAGAUGGCACGGCAUGGCUGGGCCACUGAUUGAGCGACUUGAAUACAUCGUGUACAAUGUAUUCCCCAUGCCUCAAGCGCGCCCCGAACCCAUCGGCCAGCAACCAUUUCCCAACCAUUCUUCCCAGGCAAACUCCAUCCCGCCCGAAAGCAGCAACAAGGAAAACACCUCCCCUACCGAUAUCCAGACUUCACCCCAGGCAACGCAAACUGGCUCUCCUUCGUCGGGCAAGCAAGUGCCAGACUCACAGCCUCAGCCAUCUGGUGCGAGCACAGAUGGCCCGCUUCCGCCUCCGCUUGCAUUUCUUCUGAGCGCCAUCCGCCUGUCGAUUAAAUCCUUCUUUGAGGAUAAACCUCCACACACCAUUCAGAGGCUCGCAGAGCUGGUACUCUACCCGACCAAGCACUAUAGAACGUUACCCGCAUACCUACGUGCUGUCGAUCGCGUUGUCUCAGUGACAAGCUCCGCAGAUAUUUUUCCAUUUCAAACGCCGGCUGUAACAAAUGCUCAGACGAACGGGCUAGUGCUUCCUGGCAACAGCAGCGGGGUUUAUAUGGCCCCGGACUUUGCCCACGGUCUUGGAAGCGAUGAAUCUCUGGGCGGUGCGCUACUUACUCCGAUCCCGUGGUUAACUAAUGCCUCAUUCGAAGGCGAGGAUGCCAAUGGAGAUGCAGGCAUACUAGUCGAGGGUAUGUUCAUUCACUAUUACCAAGCCACUGGUUCCCUGUUCACUAACGUCUUCCCCCCAGGCACCGGAGCUUUACCUACACAGCCCGAGGAAGAACCGGGCACCACAAGCCUAACACCAUCCGAAGCCGAAGAAGGGGCUGCUACCGCCUCGCCAGAGCCAUCUGAUGAGGUCCCUCACGCCCGUGGUCCGAUCCUCCUCGGCGUGGAAGACAUGGGUCUGCAAGACGGCAAAGGCGUCGAGAUGCGUCUUGCCACAGACGGUGCCGCCGAUGUCCCGGCUCCAGCCGCUGCGACUGCUACCCAGGCAAUAGAAGAACAGGAAAAGGCCGAAUCAACUGCCGACAAGGACGGUGAUAUUGUCCUUGAGGACACGAAACCGAAAGAAGAAGAAGUAGAAGAAGCCAAGAAUGAAGGCCCUUCUACAGAGCCUCAAGCAGGCAAUGCAGAGCCUGAACCCAUUGGUGAUUCAUCCGAAGCGCCGGACGCCGAGAAGAAAGCAUAA